AUGUCGGCUUCCACGCGCUUCCUCGGGGCCAUCGUCCGUCGAGGACUGGAUGUUGCUCCCCGGAAACUAGGAAAUCAAGAAGAUGUAGACCGUGUGGUCUUCACUCUGUCCUUUGCAGCAUUUAUCAUUGUUAUCGUACUCUUCGUUGGGUGCAUUAUCGCGAUCGAGUAUACCUACGGCAUGGUCGUGACCACUCUGACGAUCAUCGAAGACCCCAACCCAGAGCCCGUUGUUUCUCUCCCCAGUUACUCUGACGCUGUGGAUGACGGCCACAAGGCAGUUAUCGAUAAGAAACAACCCCUUGGCCUACCCGAAGCCGAAGGGCUCCCCGCGACUUAUAAACCCAUCACGAGCGGGUUCCGUUCGACCAUCAAGCAUCUUCGUGCCCGCGCUGGUCGUGGGUCUCGAUUCCGCGGAUUUUCUCACUUUCUGGCCUUGUCCUUUGCCCGUGGCUUCCUGACGAACUCGCUGCGCUUUCUUGGAGGCUUUGCACCGUUCGUUGCGGACAUUGCCGUUUCCACCAUGGUCCUCGCCUGGGUCCACGCAGUUAUCUCUGCACCUAGCUCCAAGUCCUGGUAUCAACGCUUCCCUUCUGUCCGCAAGAACUGGAUCAAAAUUGCACCAGCCGUGGCCCUGUCCACCUUGGCCUCGCAGCUCAGCUUUCACAUCCCAGUCGCCAUUGGAUUCAUGCUCGGAGGAUUCCGCCUUAAUGAGAAUGGGAUCUAUGUCCUUGCCGAAGCCAGUCCCGUCUAUCACUUGUACGCUGCUGGCGCCGUAGUCUUGUCUCUGAUCCUUGGCCUCUUCCUCGAUGUUCCUGCUGCCGUGAUCAUGGUACGUGUUGCGGCCUCUCUGCUUCCUGCAGACGAUGAGACUAUCGUCCCCUUCGACCGAACCUUCAACGGGAAGGUCAGUCCCACUGAGGUCGACGGUUCAGGGGCGAUUGGAGUCCUCGAUGCCUGGAGGACCCUCAGCUGGGCCUCUUACCGCCGUGUGGUAGUGGCCAUAGUCAAGGUUGCCGGCAUGCUCGCAGCCACCUCCUUUGUCUUUGGCAUAGUUGGCGGUCUCGGGGUUGUUCUCUUUGCAGCCGGCACUCCGAGGAGCAUUCUCACCUCUCUGGGGAUCGCAGCAUGA